CCCUAGGUAAUUCUGUGGCGUCUCUGUCGGCAGAGAACGUUAAAUCAACCGGAAAAUCGGAUGCCGAUAGCCAAGUUAGUAAAUCUGGUGACGGGGUAUAUUGCCAUCAGUGUCGUCAAAAAAACAGGGCUCCCGCAGCAGUAUGCAGGAAUCAUACGAAGAAGAAACCCUGUUCAGUAAAGAUAUGUCGCAGAUGCCUAUGGAACAGGUAUGGUGAAGAGGUGGAGGAAGUAGCUAGUUUGGAGGAAUGGAAGUGCCCGAAAUGCAGGGGCGCUUGCAACUGCAGUGUGUGCUUAUAGAAAGACAACCAUUUCUCUUGAAGGCGGGAAAAGGAAUCGGCAAGGAAAUUUAAUGCAGAUGACUUCGAAAGAUUCUACGGCAAAAUUUCCCAAUUCUGCCGAUAUAAGUAUUGAGAACUGUCGCGGCUGCACAUUACGAAACCAUCAAAACCAUAGCGCCGGCAAGUUCAGAUUUCAGAAUGAAGGAAAAUUUCCGGUGUUGGAUAUCUGAAUACUACACAGAUAUGGCGGUUGAAGCAUCCCUAGGUAAUUAUGUGGCGUCUCCAUCGGCAAAGAACGUUAAAUCAACCGGAAAAUCGGAUGCCGGUAGCCAAGUUAGUAAUUUUGGUGACAGAGUAUAUUGCCAUCAGAUCAAUCCUACACACACAACAGAGCUGAGAUAGAAAGACAACCAUUUCUCAUGAAUGCGGAAAAGGGAAUCAGCAAAGAAAAUUUAAUUCAGAUGAAUUCGAAAGAUUCUAGGGCAAAAUUUCCCAAAUUUGCCAAUAUAAGUAUAGAAAACUGUCGCCGCUGCUCAUUCCGAAACCAUCAAAAUUCUCCACCCACAGCGCCGGCGAGUUAAGAUUUCAGAAGAAGGAAAACAUAAUUAACAUCCGUGUCAUUCAGGAAGGGAAGAGGCCUUCAACCCAUGGGUGUACUUACCAAUGCAGCAAAAGCGACUGCCGAGAUGCCAACUGCUGAGGGUUCAGAUAAUGGAAAGAUCCUAAAAUUGAAAGAUGGGGAAGCAUUAUGCGUCCUCCGAGAUAUAUUUCAUGGGCGAACUGCAAAGCAUGGAAGAUCAUGUCCGGCUGUCCUGUUUCAUGUACACCUGCUAUCAGUAAUUAAUGAGGAAGAGGGAGAGAAGGUUGCGAAGCCGAAUCCGAGCUCGUGGUUCAGUGUGCUAGAGAAAUACUUUGCUGAAUCUGAACAUGUUCUUAAAAUGUUGGGGAAGCAUUAUUUAGAGAAGGCUGCCGACCAUGACGCUUUAAAUGCUUCAGAAAUGCUUAGGGUCUUAAAUCUACUAUGCAUUCAUGCUCUUGGCACGAAAAAGCUAAGAAAUUGGAUAAAACACCAAAAAACACAAUUUGACCAAAAGGCAGAAGAAGCUAUACAUAAGGUUUUUGAAGCAAAAGGCGAGAAAAUAAAAGAGGACGCUGCCAAAGCUAUUGAUGCUAGGGAUGGGGAGCUGGAAGCAAUUGUUUCUCUUAAUAGAUCUGCUGCAGAGCAAGCUCAUGGAAAGCUGCUCGAGUCAGAGGCAAUGCUUUUGAAGCAUCAUUCCUACACACGGAACAGAGCUAAGAUAGAAAGACAAAGAAAUCGGCAAAGAAAAUUUAAUGCAGAUGACUUUGAAAGAUUCUAGGGCAAAAUUUCCCAAUUCUGCCUAUAUAAGUAUUGAGAACUUUCGCCGCUGCACAUUACGAAACCAUCAAAACCACAGCGCCGGCAAGUUCAGAUUUCAGAAGAAGGAAAACAGAAUGAAGGAAAAUUUCCGAUCUUGGAUAUCUGAAUACUACACAGAAAUGGCGGUUGAAGCAUCCCCAGGUAGUUCUGUAGCAUCUCCGUCGGCAGAGAACGUUAAAUCAACCAGAAAAUCGGCUGCCGGUAGCCAAGUUAGUAAUUCUGGUGACGGAGUAUAUUGCCAUCAGUGUCGUCAAAAAACCAGGGCUCCCGCAGCAGCAUGCAAGAAUCUUACGAAGAAGAAACCCUGUUCAGUAAAGAUGUGUUGCAGAUGCCUAUGGAACAGGUACGGUGAAAAGGUGGAGGAAGUAGCUAAGUUGGAGGAUUGGAAGUGCCCGAAAUGCAGGGGCAUUUGCAACUGCAGUGUGUGCAUG